GCACUUUUGACAAAAGAACUGUCAUCGUCAUCGAGUAUGACAGGCGAUAAAUAACCAAAAAAGUUUGCCGAUGUCUCAGUUUUGUUCUCAUUAAUUUUUAGCCAAAUAAUAAGAGUGUUCUUAAUAUAUUAUUAAUUUAAAAAUGUCUAAAAAUUUUAAAUUAAGUGCCUCGCUUUUCGGGCAUUCGAUGGAUAUAAGAGCUUUGGCUGUGACACCAAGUAACGAUAUUAUUAGUGGUUCCAGAGAUCGGACUGCCAAAUAUUGGAAAUAUAAUCCGUUACAAAAUAAUUAUAGUGAGGUAAUGACCUACAAGAGCCAUGAAAAUUUUGUCGGUAGUGUAUUAUAUCUAGAACCAACUAGUGAAUAUCCGGAUGGACUGGUGGUGACCGGUGGUUAUGAUAAAGCUAUAUUUAUUUUCAAACCUGGAGAACCUUUUCCAACUUACUCAAUCAAAGGUGAACAUGCAAAUACUGUAUGUGGUCUGUCUAAAGGCCAAAGUAAAAACAGCUUUUUAAGCGCCUCGUGGGACAACACCGCCAAAUACUGGUCAUUAUCUUCGUCUACUUCUAAGCCAGUACAUACUCUUACUGGACAUACAGCUGCAGUUUGGUAUGUCAUUCAAAUUGGGGAUGGUCGCAUUGUUACUGCGUCUGCCGAUAAAACCAUGCUAGUCUGGUCGGAAACUGGUCAAAGACUGAAUGCUUUAGCGGGACAUACUGACGCUGUUAGAUGUUUAGAAGAUUUUCCAGAUUUAAAAUAUUUUAUAAGCGUAUCUAACGAUGCUACUAUUAGGAUUUGGAGUUACGAAGGCGAGAAUAUAAACACACUGUAUGGACAUAAAAGUUUUAUUUACAGUAUAGCGAGAUGUCGAGCGCAUGGUAUGGACAGUUUCGUGACGUCUGACGAAGAUAGAACGGUAAAUUUUUGGCAAAAUCAGGAAAUUAAGACCAAUUUGGAAUUGCCUGCGCAAUCAGUUUGGGCUGUAGCCGGUUUACCUAAUGGCGAUAUUGUUACCGGCACCAGUGAUGGCAUCGUGAGGAUAUUUACACAAGACGAAGGUAGGGUAGCCGAAGAAGCUAAUUUGGUUAAGUACGCCGAAGAGGUGAUGGCUCUCAAGAGGCAGGCGUUGCAGGAAAUUGGCGGAGUUAAAGUAUCAGACUUGCCAGGCAAAGAAGCCUUGUACGACCCAGGCAAGAGGAACGGACAGAUGAAGAUGGUCAGGGACGGACAGACCGUGAUUGCGUACACGUGGGUGGAAGACGGCGAAAACAGCCAUUGGGAUAAAAUUGGCGAAGUUCUAGGCGGUAGCGAUAAAGACGAAAACGGUCGGACCGUAUUCGAAGGGGAGGCGUACGAUUUUGUAUUUUCAGUCGACGUGGAGGACGGGAAACCGGCUAUUAAGUUACCUUACAAUAGAGGCGAUGAUCCGUAUCAGGCGGCUCACAAAUUUUUAGCUAAGCAUAAUUUGCCCGGAGAUUAUUUAGAACAAGUAGUUAAUUUCAUACUGACGAACAGUAAAGAGCAAUACGUACCACCUAGUAACGAUUUUCAAGAUCCCUUUACCGGUGGCUCGAGGUACACCCCCAGCUACGGCGUUGAUAAUCAAGGACAAAGGGGACUCAACCUAGAUCCUUUUACGGGUAGUAGCAGUUAUUCGUCGGCGAUGGGAGGUCCUCCUAAGCAACGACCGGCGUCCGCCGGUUCCAAUAACGACCCGUUCACGGGCAAUUCCAGUUACACGACUAUGAAACAGGACGCGAGCGGAGGGUUCUUCCCCGUCAAGUCGUACCACAGUUUCGACGUGGGCGAUGCCGGCGUUAUAUUGAAGAAGUUGAAGGAGUUCAACGAGAAGUGCGGCGACGGUAACGAUAAGUUGAGCGACAAUGAUCUGGAGGAUUUCGUUAAAUUGUGUGCCGGACCGCCGAGCGAUGGGAACGCUGUAGAUGUACUUUUUAAGUUGUUGGAGUGGCCUGACAAUAUAAUUUUCCCCGUUCUGGACGUCAUACGACUGGCUGUUAGGCACAAAUUAAACAACGAGGUCAUUUCGUCGGUGAACAACGGCGUGAUAAUGGAAAAAAUAAAAACCUACAUCAGUUCCGAAUGUAAAAUACAAAACAACAUGAUCAUAGCCCUCAGGACCAUCGCCAAUUUGUGUUUGCACGACCACGGCGAAAAUUUAGUCUUCAACAAUCGAUUCGACAUCUUGGAGAACUUCACCUCGUUGCCGUUGCUCAACAAGAAUUGUCAAGUAGCCUUAGCAACCUGCCUGCUCAACCUAACGAUCCUCACUAUCAAAAACAAUGACGAAAUAGGUAUAACCGUACUAGCGCAAGUACUACCCGAUUUGAUUACCAAACUAACGGAAUGCGAACCACAAUUUAGGGCGUACGUCGCGCUGGGUACCCUCAUAUCCUCGUCCACUGUCCAUUUGGCUAUGGUCAAGACUAAAGUGCAAGAAAACGCUGAGUUUUUGUCCGCCAUGCAGUUGCACUCGUUCUCCAGUCAAAACGAAGCGGAGAUCCGAAGGAUGAAUUGCGUGAAGCAGAUUAUGAAUAUAUUAUAAGUCGAGUGUUCCUUUAGCUUUUUUACAGUUUUUAAAUGAUAUUGUAAGUUGUUGGGAGUGAAGUGGCCAAUAAAUAAUUAGCUUU